AUGGCCAAGAGUAAGAAGGGCAGGGCUGCAAAGGCAGCUCGCUACCGGGCCAUCUCAGCAGCCCCUGGGCCCCAACAUGCACAGCAGAGUAUCGCCUCUCAAUUCGUGCCAAAGGCUGUAGCUGCCACGAUUCACGGCUUCUCUCUGGCGGACGAGGCUAGGAACACGGCUGAGCACCGGAAGGGCUGGGAUCAGCAGGUAAAGCUUCGCGCUCAUCCUGUUGUCUUCGUGAGUGCCGGGAUGGUCGAGCCUCUGAAGGAUCUCGACCAAUUUGGACUCAACACCGACAACGUCAUUGAGACAUCGCAAGCGCAAUGUCCGAAGCAGAACCCGGAUGGCGCCGCGGCCGUUGGUGACGAGUUGCAGCUGCAGGCUGAUCAAGAGCCAUCCUUCUUCAUAGACACCAGCGGUGACCAAACUCUUUCCCGCCGCCAUGCCCAGCCUGUCACCAUUCCAGACCAUCGUUCCUCGGGUGAUGAGUCGAGUUCGAGCGAGGACAUCAUCCUCUUUAAGGGAAGAAACGGUUCUCGCAUCGACAAUGCCGCUGCGCCUGUGGCCGACAAUAUCACGAUACAAAUUCAAGCUGUCGAGAAGACAGUCCAAGAAAUAUCCCUAGAGACGCCAACCCAAGCCAAGGCCCCGGCUUUGUGCCCUGAUUCGCCGCCACUUUGGCAACUGCGUGGCCACAACGACGAGGACGCGAUAUUCGCUGAUUAUGUUGCUAAUAUGAGUGAGAACGAUGAGGAGGACGGUGAUGGGGACGGGGACGGCGAGAGAGCCCCACUGUAUGCGGCAUUCUCGGGCAAUCUGGAUCUCGGCGGCUCAGAAGGCGAUGUGGUCAUUCCCGAAGAUUCUGGUAGUGACACUUCCGAGGGUAUUCACGACCCUCGCGGUGACAGAGACCCUGAAAUGUUUGAGGCUGGCGAAUCUACCACCGCUGAGGACACUGACAUGGCAGACGAGGCUUUGGCUCGACUGCUUGCUAAACAAGAAGAGCUUGGCCUGGACGACGACGAACUCAUGCUACUCGCUGGAAAUGAACUCGGCGGGAUGUCAUCAUCGAAGAAGAAGACCGCUCAUGCACGUAAGGAAAGCACUGUUAAUCUCAAGUAUGAAAAGACGGCCAAGACCAGUAGGCGUGGACCGGUACCUAGCGCAAGAGAAGUUGCAGACGCAUUCGAUGAUCUAGAUUUGAUGGACUGGGGCCGACAUAACCCGCCGCGGAAGCCUAAAAGCAAGCGCGGACAGCCGACCUUUGAUAUUUCAGACUCUGAGCUCGAAGAGACGCUCCAAGCGACCUGGAAGGCUGAUCGUCUCCGCAAGAAGGAAAAGAGACAGCAACGCGAAGAGCUACGUGCGCAGGGCCUACUCGGCAAGAAUGUCGAUCCAAACGAGCCUCGGGUGAAAUACCAGACUGGGAUGACUCUGGAGCAGAUCAAGGAGGAGAUUCGAACCUUCCUGUGUGGAACCGAUGAAAACCUCACAUUUCCCCCAAUGGACGCUUCUGCGCGCAAGAUCAUUCAUGAGCUGGCCAACAAAUUCAACAUCAAGUCCAAGUCGGCGGGCCACGGUGAAACCCGCAGACCCUCCCUCUACCGUACCAAGAGAACAGUCAGGUACUCUGAACCAUCGUUUGAACAGAUUUUUGCCCGCGCUGGACGCCGAUACUUCCCUCGCCUCGACGUGAAGGGCAGGGCGCCCAGGGGUGGCGGUGGCGGCGGUGGCGGCACCGGCAGGCCAGGUCGUGGCGUCAACCACGCAGCAUUCACGCUCAAAGACGGUGAGGUGGUCGGAGGCGGCGCACCGGAGCUGGAUCAGGCCAAUAAGGGCCGAGCCAUGCUAGAGAAGAUGGGGUGGUCCACGGGCAUGGCCUUGGGAUCACAGGACAACAAGGGAAUUCUCCAACCCCUCGCCUCAGUCGUCAAGCGUACGAAAGCCGGCCUGGGUUGA